CUUUACUUGCUACCACAAAUUCAAAUUCAUUGUCAAUCAUUUGGCCCGUACUAGUAUUGGUCUAUAUCUAUCUUCUUAAAAAAAAAAAGUAUUGGUCUAUAUCUAGAACCAUCGUCUAUCUUGUGAACUCCCUUCCUAUACACAACGAGUUUGAGGAGUUUCUUUCACUCUAUUACUGGUUUUGAUGGCUAGCUUCCCAACCUCAAUGGGUGAAGAUUUGGAUGAGAGAAUGAAAGCAAUGCUUAUCACUGCAUUCGGAAAAGAGGACAAUGCUGGUGAUACCUUUGCUGAACGAGCGGAAUGGUACUACAAGAAGCGUCCUCAGCUUCUUGCGCUCCUCAAGGACUUGUACAAUGGAUACAUCACCUUGUUGAACAGUUGCAGCCGAACACAAAGCAAACACAGCAGGCAUCCAUCUCAAGUCCUGACGAUUGAUCACAUAUGCCGCUAUCAACAAGAAUAUGAUGAUGCUGAGACCAGCCAAAUUGACUCGGACGCUGAGAGCGCUCUCUCUUAUCAACAGCCAAUUUCUGCGCAAAAUCACAGCAUAGUCAACAUUGAAGACAUUGUUGCAGAUCUUGUGAUCAAGAACAUGGAGAAUGAUUUGUUAAAAGACCAAGUAAGUGACAUGGAGCAAGUAAGCCAUGAGGCAUCGAGGAAGAUCGACCUGUUAAAGAAAUUACUUGAGCUGUUAGAAUCUGAGAGGAUGGUAUUACUGAAUGAGAAUGCAGGGUUAAGGUACAGGGUGACGGCUCUUUUGGAGGAGAAUGAAGGGUUGUCGUCCGAGUCCAUGUUUAUGAAGAGAAAAACUGCAGAAAUGGCUAGGUGUGUGCUAAAGAUGAGGGAGGAUCACAGAGUGUGUAUGCUCAGUCAGAAGAUUGAGAAUCUGCAAGAGCAAAUUUACGGGUUGGAAAAGAAGAACAAGGAGUAUUAUCAGCAACUGGUGAAAAAGGACGAUACUGAGAAAGAAAGGAAAGACAGCAACUCGAAGGUGAAUAGGAAGAGUAUUGGAGUUACCGGGGCAGCUUCAGGGUCUGAGGGUUGUUUCCGUUUUGAGAAGCUUAAGGUCGAGAAGAGGACUGAAGAUAAUGGACAGAAAGCGGACAGUUGGUGGAAAAGGGUUAAGAACAUGGAUUUCUUAGUCUGUGGCCUGCACCAAAGGUGUACUUGUUAAUGCCACUGAUCUCCUAAACCUCCAUCAAACAGGGUGCCAUAUAUAGUAUUAGUUUAACAGGUGCAAAUUUUUGCCAGAGUCUUCUACGGAAAUGAAGUUAUCAACUCCAAUGUGAUAUGUAGCCCUCUU